GACACACACACGCCCACUUGUCCAGCUCCAGGAUGGUGUCCCGCAAGGCUGUGGUCGUCCUGCUGGUGGUGCACGCAGCUGCCAUGCUGGCCUCCCACACGGAAGCCUUUGUUCCCAUCUUCACCUACGGCGAACUACAGAGGAUGCGGGAAAAGGAGCGGAAUAAAGGGCAAAAGAAAUCUCUGAGUGUCCAGCAGGCGUCGGAGGAGCUCGGCCCUCUGGACCCCUCGGAGCCCACGAAGGAAGAAGAAAGGGUGGUUAUCAAGCUGCUCGCGCCUGUGGACAUUGGAAUCAGGAUGGACUCCAGGCAGCUGGAAAAGUACCGGGCCACCCUGGAAGGGCUGCUGGGCCAGGUGCCGCAGUCCACCCAGAACCAGAAUGCCGCCAAGUAACAGGCCGCUGGGGGAGAAGGUGGACACAGCUCGGACCCCCCUCCCACGCAGGGAGGGCCCAGAAAUCCGCUGGGCUUGGAAGGAAAACACCCCCUCCCAAACAGCCCUCAGCCCCCCUCCCCCAGCAAAUAAAGCGUGAAAUAGGC